AUGUUAAAACGUCCACAUGAUAUAGUCGAAAUAUCUGAUGAUGAUUCAGAUGAACCAAUUGAAGAAGAGGAUGAAGAUGAAGAGGAGGAUAGCAAUUUAACUGAUGAUGACUCUGACGAACAAUCAAGUGAAGAUGACGUAGAAGUGAACAACAAUAAUAAUGUAGAAGAUCAGUUUACUGAUGAACAGUUGGCAAACGAUGAUAAGAAACUAUUCAAAGUUUUAACAGGUACUUUGAAAAGUUUUAAAAAAACUGGUUCUUUUUAUUGUAUAGGAGAAGAAGAGGUUGCACCACCAAGGAUUGAAAUUAAUGAGGUUGGUGUUUUAUCAUUCCCAGUUCCAGAAUGUCAGGUGAAGAAGAUCAUUGAUAAAUGUAUUAGAGCUCCAUAUGGAAAAGGAACUGAAACAAUUACCGAUACAAACAUCAGAAAAGUAUGGCAAUUAUCACCUGAUUCUUUUAAAUUCAUUGGCGGCAGUCAAUGGAAUCAAUUCUUUGAGAGAACAAUCAAGAUGAUUGGUGUGAAACUGGGACUUGGCAAUACAAAGAUCGAAGCAGAGUUAUACAAGAUGUUGAUCUAUGACAAAGGUGCAUUCUUCAAGCCACAUAAAGACAGUGAGAAAGGUGAGAGAAUGUUUGGAACAUUGGUCAUAUCAUUACCAUCUGUUCAUACUGGUGGUGAUCUCAUUCUUCAACAUGCUGGAAAGACUGUCACCGUAUCAUUGGAGAAUGACAGUGUUUCAAACAUGAAAUAUUCAGCAUUCUAUGCAGAUAUCAAACAUGAAGUCAAAGAAGUCACUGAUGGAUAUCGUGUUUGUUUGGUUUACAAUCUUUGUCGAUCUGGUAAACUCAAUAACGAUGAUUUGAUCACAAAGAAACCAAAAAUCAAAAAAGAUGGAAAUGCAUUGAAGAAACAAAAGAUGAUCGAUGUCAAGAAAGAAGAACAAGAGGAUUCAAAUAUCAGCAGUGAUGAAGAUGUUCUCAUUGGACCUGUAGAUUCGAAAGGUGAAGCGAUUGUUUGUGACAUUCGUAAAUAUUUAUCGUUAGCUUUCCGAAAACCAGAACGUAAUUGUUUGGUUUACAUCUUUGAACAUGAAUACACUCAAUACCAGUAUAACAUGAGAUGUCUUAAAGGUCAAGAUGCCAAGAUUGCAUCAAGUCUACUCAAGGCUAUCAGUGGUACUGGUUAUUCAUGCCUCAUUGGUCUUCUUUCUAUAAAAGAGGAGGGAACUGCAGAAGAUGAUUACUACUCAAGUAAAGAAGGAUUUAACGUUUGCGAUUCUGACAUACAUUUUAAAUUUAAGCACUUGAUCGACGCAGGAACAAACAAAAGUUAUCAUGGAUUGAAAUUGAAUGUGGAUGAAUCAGACAUAUUCCCAUCAUUUGAUACAGAUGACUGCGAUUGGGAUGAUCCUGAGAUCGAACACACUGGAAAUGAAGGAACCACCUUUGAGAGAUUCUACAGUCAUAGUGCAAUCGUUAUAGUGGAGGACAUCGAAUUGGAUUUAUACAACAAUAUUAAUGGUGAAGAAGAAAAGAUAGAUAUGUUCGAACAAAAGACACACUUGAAUCUGGAUGCGAAGAGAAGAAGUUUCAACAAAAUGGUUAGUUCUAUGGCUAGAUAUAGUUCAUAUAAGAAGACUGAAAACGCCCCCACUCGUUUGAUUAAUCAUUUCUACAAUCUCUAUUCACAAGGAGAUGGAAUUGAACAUGCAGAUUCAAUCUUGACUAUAUGCAAUAUUAUUGCCGAUCGUACAAUUACAGAUACUCACUUUUGUGACAAACUUUCACGAUGUUUCAAUAUUCUUGCAAAACAUGACAAACAAAUCUAUAUCACCAAAUCAUUAACAUCGUUUGCAAGUCACAGUUUAUUCAAUUCCAAGUCAAAUACAUUCUUUAAGUUAUUGGAACAAUCAAUGGGAUUAGAACCAACAUUCAUUGGUGAAAUCGAUAAAAUCUUUACAAAAGACUCAACUAAUAAUAAGUCGGAGACGAAAAAUGACAAGUUAGAAUCAAUUCCAACAACAGAAUUAGAAUCAAUAAUAUUAGAAGCAUAUAAGAAUAAGACAUCACCAAAGAUAUCGGAUGUUUUUGAUACAUAUUGUCUUAUAAUAUUAAUACUCAACAAGAUUGGAAAUCAACAACAAACAGAAUCACUCUUGAAUACAAUCAAUCCUCUAUUGUCUUCAAAGAUCGCGGUAACGCUCAAUAUAAGUGAAUGGAAAGGUGUACCAGAAACAAUUGAUUUCAUUGUCAGCUGCAACUUAAUUAAUGAUGAGACCAAGCACAUAUACAUAGAUACCAUUGUAGAUUCAUUUUGUGCAAAUAAUUUCCGCUGCCAUUCAUACAGAAUCGGCACAUUUUAUGAUAAUCUGGAAUCAAUCUAUGAAUUACAUCUCAAACAUAAAUCAUAUUUUCAUACUAGUAAUCUAAUGAAAAUAAUAGACCUCAUUAUAUCACAUCCUCCCAAUGAUAAUUCUGGCGAAAAGAAACUCAGUAAUCUAACUACAUUGAUAGAGAUUUCACUUUCAACCAAGAAUGAACAACUGCUUGACAAGAUAUGUGCACAAUCAACCCCCGAUGAACUUCUCACGAUUUGCGAACGACAGUUAAACAGACUCAAGGAACAAAGUUGCCCGAUCGAAGAGAUUAGGUUGUUUGGCAAGAUGUGGUGUCGAGCAAUCAUUCCUCGUUUCGAAAGUGCCACCAAUGUCAAGUAUCCAUCUUCGAAUAUCCCACCUGGAUCAUACUCAUAUCAAUUAGAACAAAGCUAUAAUUGCAGAAUACCGAAAUGCGAAUGUAUGAAAGUAGCAGCUUUCCUUCUCUCUGAAGCAAAAGUAUUAGAGUUUCCAUGUCGUAUGAAUACUUUCCCUCAUAUCGAAAAUGCAUUUUCAAAGUUCAAGAACUUCGUUCGAUAUGAAAAGAUAGGGACCUAUUCACCGUAUAGAAUAAAAGUCACCAAAUUACAUCCAACCCUAACAUUUUUGAAUGCAGAUAUUAAAGGACACGUCGACUCACUUACGAGAUGUAAAUCUGCCAUUCUACAUGCUGCAAUAGGCAAGCUCACCAACGAUUACAUCCUCAAAAUCUAUUUUAGAGCUGUUGAUAAUCGAUUGAAUGAACUAACUACAAGACUCCCAAUUACACCAGUCAAACUUCAGGAUAUACCUCCCUUCUCAACAACAACCGCAUCAAAUUCAACUACAACAACAACUAAAAAUAAAUAA